AUGGCUGGCUUUCUUCUUCCUGCUGAGGCAGCGUCAUCGUCAUCAGUCCCCAAUGAGCUCCAACAAAUGCUAAUUGAAGAGCCCCCACUAUCACAAUUCAUUGUGAAAGAAAGUGCUUUUGGCCCUGUGGGGUCUUCUCCUCCAUUUGUUCAGAUUCCCAUCGUUGAUAUCAGUCUGGUCUUCAGCUCACAAGAUGAACUGGAGAAGCUAAAGAACGCUCUCAGCUCAUGGGGAUGCUUCCAGGCAAUGGGACAUGGGAUUUCAAGCUCAUUCCUAGACAAGGUGCGCGAAGCAGCAAAACACUUCUUCUCACUUCCAAUGGAAGAGAAGCACAAGUGUUUUCGAGCAGUUAAGGAAGCUGAAGGAUAUGGGAGUGACUUGAUAGUUUCCGAUAAGCAAAUUCUCGACUGGUCCAAUCGCCUCUUUCUAAUGGUAUUUCCGGAAAAUCAAAGAAGGCUCAAUCUUUGGCCAGAAAUACCAAAUGAUUUUGGAGAGAUCUUGAUUGAAUAUGCUACAAAGAUAAGGUCUUUAAUGGAUCUCUGCUUUAAGGCCAUGGCAAAGUCACUGCAACUGGAAGAGGACAUCUUCCUGAAGCAUUUUGGAGACCAAGCUGUGGUGCAAGCAAGAUAUAACUUCUACCCACCUUGUCCUAGAUCAGAUUUGGUUCUUGGCCUCAAAUCUCAUUCAGAUAAAUCAGGGGUCACUAUCCUCUUGCAGGAUCAACAAGUUGAAGGCCUUCAGCUUUUCAAAGAUGGUACAUGGUUCAGAGUUCCUAUAAUACCCCAGGCUCUUAUUGUCAAUCUAGGUGAUCAAAUGGAGAUAAUGAGUAAUGGAAUAUUCAAGAGCCCACUGCACAGAGUCACAACAAACACAGAAAGGAUGAGGGCAUCUGUGGCCAUGCUUAUUGAGCCAGCAGCUGAACAAGAGAUUGGUCCAGUGGAUGACUUGGUGGAUGAGAGAAGACCAAGACUCUAUCAGAAUGUGAAGAAUUAUGGUGCUUUUAACUAUCAUUGUUAUCAGAAAGGAUUGGUAGCUCUUGAUGCAGUGAAAAUGUAA